UUUACAUUGUCCCUCGCGUGCUUCCGUAGUAAACAGUGAUGGCUUCUUCCGAGACACAACCUCGCUUCGGUCAAUCUGUGAAAGGUUUAUUGUCAGAUAAAGUCAGUUCUUGCAGUGGAGAUGUGAUCGCUCUAACCCGCCAAGUGUUAAAGGGAUCCCGGAGCCAAGAACUACUCAGUCAGGCAGCGAGAAAUAUGGUUAUUCAAGAAGAUGCAAUUUUGCACUCUGAAGAUAGUCUUCGGAAAAUGUCUAUUAUAACAACACACUUGCAAUAUCAGCAAGAAGCCAUUCAAAAGAAUAUAGAACACUCAAAAAACCUGCAGGACCAGCUAAGACAUUUGAUGAAAUAAUAAAGCUGUGGACAAAGCUUCCAUCUUUGAUUUUUCAUUGAUUUUCAGUUAUAGAUACAAACAUUGUAAAGUGUACAUGGCUCAUAUUGCAUAGUAGUUACUCUUUCAAAAGGUGCACAGACCAACCUCCUCCUGUGCUCUUGUGACCUGCUCUUGGAUGGCUCUUGCAAAACAGCUGCAAGACCUUUGAGUGAAGGCUUUUCUGUUGGAGAUUGUUUCCAGUCUUCAUAUUUGUCUUUUUGUAAUAAUGUUUUUGUCUCAUUUUUUAAGCAUUGAUUUAAAAGAACAUUUGAUUUUUUUUUUUCUUGUUUUAAAGAAGUUCUCUAUAUGCCAAAUAUACUGUAUGUUGUUGUUAAAUUAUGUAUGUCUUGUUUUAUGAUGUUUUUGUUGUGCCAUAUAUUGACUUAAAUAUAUUUGUAUACAAUUUCACUCAAAACAAUUAAUUAAGAAAGGAUAUCUUUUGGUCUAAGCUUUGUUCAGCUUCAUUAAAUUUAUGUGGACAAGCAAGGCAAAUGGAAGAAACACAAGUCCUUUGUGGAAAGUGCAGCACAGGAAUACAUGAUAAAGUGAAUCCAACAUUCAGUAUCAGCAACUCCUCUGCAAGGGCAAGCAGAUGGAUGUCCUAGAGCGAGGCCUUGAGCAUAACUCUUCAGGAUUCCAAUACAAAGUUUUGACUUACAGUAUGUCUGUAAGACAUGUGUGCAUGUACUUUUACAUGACAGUCAAAAUAUAAGCGUGAGGAUAUAAGUCUACACUUGUUUCGUUGUAACACAUCAGAUGGAAUCAGUUACAUUUAUGAUAUCUUUAUAAUAAAACUUUUCCAUAAUGACAACAGGCAAUUAUGAAAAACAAUCUUGCAAAAUUGUUUCAUGUGCAGCAGAUCAACAGCUAAUAAAUUCCAAACAUUUAUUUUGAGUGCUUAAUAAUUGGUCUUGCACUCUGCACGUCAGACCAUUCAAACUCACAAGAUCAAGGGAGCUAGUAAUGCAAACCUUGAGCUGAAAAUAAUGUUCUGUACCUCCUUAGUUCCACUUAUCAGUGCCCAAGGUCUCUAAUAAUGCACUCUUACAACCUACAAAGAGAUUGUGAAAAAGCAAGUGUUGAGUUAAGCAUUAGUAUUACUCUGUGUUAUUCAAAAAAGAUUAUUCCUUAUGACUUAAAACAUCCAAAAUAUGAAUAUUCUUUUUUUUUUUUCUUUUCUUCUGUUGAGUACUAUGUGGAACAUUAACAGCUUUCUUGUGGGAAGUGAUUUUUCCUUUUUCAGUUUGUAUAUCACAUUGAUUUUUGCUUAAUUUUGUAAAUAUAUUUAAAAAAGUAAUUUAGGUUUAGAAAGUUGGCAUUGAGAGUUGCAGUGUGCAUCUAAUGUAAAGAAAUGUCUCUAAUUAUAACUAAUUGUAUAGAAAAUUAUAAAUAUUUAGAGAAUUACGCAUGGUUGUAAUGCUCUUGUGUCCUUUAAACCUGCAACGUCUUCAUGCACACAUUUAUUUGCCUCAUAAUUGUAAUGUGUACUGCACGACUACAUGCGAACAUACCUAUAUAUGUAAUGCGUAUAUGUUCUGUACAGUAAGCACAUAUCAUGACUGUUGUGAAUCCAUAUUUUUUUUUAUAAAAUUGCCCAAUGUGACAAUAUCAAGAAGGGCAGUCCAUAUCUGUCCAGAAGUACUAUUUAAAGGGUUUUGGCUCCCUCUACAGGCAAAAAGUAGCCAGACAAAUGAACUA